AUGUCCACCCCAAUACACGAGAUCGACGAACCGAGGUAUUCGACCAGUACCACUCGUUUCCCCGAAAUCGACGAAGAAGAAGACGAAUACCGUGGCAGAGACAAUCUAAGGCUGGAUACAUUGAAUGUGACCUCGUCAAAUGCAAGAACCGAUCCAUCACCAUCGGCUGUCCGUGAGCAGGCUCUACGGCUAGACGACGACCUGGCUGUAUUGCAAGCGGAGCGAGUAGUUUCAAACUCACAACGAAGUGAAGAACACAACAGUGAAGGAACCUCACUACGUCAAAUCCGUUCGCGAACUGAGCCUGUAGAUGAGUUUGAUAUUGCUACAAAUCCGCUGCACGAAACUGCGGCGAUUUACAAUGCGCCGGAGGAUCCUCAUACCAGUAUAGCGAAAAUCUUGAAAAGGAUUCAUAGCUCGAGUUUUCUUGUUCGCUAUUUCUUUUACAUCACGCCUUUGACGCUGAUUUUGUUGAUUCCGCUUCUACUGGGUGCGUUGGUUUUCAAGUCGGCCAAUGUUGGAGGCGUGAGAUUGUUGUGGUUUUCCGUCUGGUUGGAAAUCUUUUGGUUGACGCUUUGGGCAGGAAGAAUUACUGCAAAAUGUUUUCCUCCCGUGUUCAGCAUCGGGUCGUCUAUCUUUACCAACAACUCCAAGAAAUAUCGCGAUCUUGCCAGAGAGUUGGAACUGCCUUUCACGCUCUUUUUCUGGUGGCUAGGAGUAGAGAUAUCCUUUUUGCCGACCAUGAUUAACCAUCAUGUCGAUGGCAGCACAUCGGUCAGGGAAUGGGAGAGCACGAUGAACAAGGUUAUCAUCUCAAUAUUCGUCGGCGCCAUUCUUAACUUGAUCGAAAAGAUCAUCAUCCAGUUGAUUGCCAUCAGCUUCCAUACUCGUACAUAUGCUGAUCGAAUCGAAAUCAACAAGUUUCAAAUUUCAAAUUUGACGAAACUUUAUGCUUACUCUAGGGAGAUGAUUUCUGAAAAGGACGAGGAUUUCGAAGAGCAUGGUAGCGGAACACAAUCUGGUACCAAAACGCCUUUGAACGUUGCCGGUACGGCUUUGAAAGUUGGCAAAAAGACCUUGAACAAGGUCGGAGAUAUGGCAGGAGCCGUUGCGGGCGAUUUCACCGGCAAGAAAAUCAAUAAGAGCAGCCACCCGCAUCAAGUGGUACUCACUCUACUUAGUACCAACACAGGCGGCCAGGUAUUGGCACGGAGACUGUACCGUACAUUUGUCCGAACUGGUUUCGACACCAUCUUCUCUGGAGACUUGAAAUCUGCUUUUGACAAUAACGAGGAAGCGGAAGCUGCUUUCACCAUGUUCGACAAGGAUAUGAAUGGCGAUAUCUCUAUGGAAGAGCUGGAAUCUGUCUGUGUUGAGAUUGGUCGUGAAAGAAAAUCAAUUACUGCUUCUUUGAAGGAUUUGGACUCCGUAGUGUCGAAACUUGACGGUGUGCUCUUCUUUGUCGUCUGUGUCGUCACGCUUUUGGUCUUUUUGUCGCUGAUUUCGACAUCCGCUGCUGGUGUGUUGACAUCGGCCGGUUCCUCCAUUCUGGCUCUAUCCUGGUUAUUCUCCGCUACUGCUCAGGAAUUUCUGCAGUCCGUCAUAUUUGUCUUUGUCAAGCAUCCCUUUGAUGUCGGUGACAGAGUGACUAUCUACGGUAACACAGGUGACGCCAUGAAAGGUGAUGACUACUUUGUUAAGGAAAUAUCUCUCCUGUACACCGAGUUCAAGAAGAUGCAGGGCCACGUCGUACAAGCGCCAAACAGCUACCUUAACACUUUAUUCAUCCUGAACCAGCGCCGUUCCGGUGGUCUUGCCGAAGCCGUGCCUGUCAUCAUCAAAUACGGAACUUCCAUCGAACAAAUGGAAGCGCUACGACAGCGUCUGCUCGAGUUUGUACGCACGGAAAAACGUGAGUACCAAUCAAACAUUAUCACGGAAUUGCGAGAAGUCACCGAGGCUUUCUCACUUACUCUCAACGUCGUCUUCUUCUACAAGUCCAACUGGCAAAACGAAGGUCUUCGUCUGCAAAGACGUAACAAAUUUAUCUGCAUGUUGAUGUUAUCUAUGCAAGAAAUCGGCAUUGAAGGGCCUCGUAUGAAUCUCCAGGGCGCUCAUGUGGACUACCCCUUCCACGUCAACCACCACGGACAACCGCCUAGCUACGCCGCAUCCACCAGACCUGGUCCAAGCCAACAGCAAUCAACCGAAACCAUCCUCGAAGAACGAGAUCCAAACCUCCCCGAAAACUCUGCCUACACAUCCAGUACCGCCGCUCCCAUCCGUCCUCAACACUCUAUCCUCCGCAAAGGUUCCAUGGCAGCCGCCGCCCGCGCACGCGGGGAAUCCCUGAGCCGUCCCGGUCGCCACGUCGAUUUCUCGCUCGGGACAAGCGCGUUGUCUGCUAACGAUCUCAUGGGAGACGUCUUUGAAGACCGAAAUCCCUCGCGGCUCGGAGAAGUCGUUCGCAACGCCAAUCGUGAGGCGAUGGAGCGCCGGAUCCGAGAGGAUGCUGCGAUUUCGCGUGAGAGUCUUUCUUCUUCGUCGCGGGCUGCUGCUGCGUCUGCGUCUGCGGCUGCGGACCAUCAGUCGAGAGCAUCGAUGGAGUCGAGGAACUCGUUUGGUGCUGGACGGCCGAGCCAGUCAUCUUCUAUGGGUAGGAGUGGAUUCUUAGCAAGACUCGGUUCGCAUCACAGUCGUGUAAGAAGUACGGAUAGUGAUGAUUUGAUGGAGCAGGGGUUGAAGAAUCAGUAG